AUGAGGGAUUCUUUAAAAAUGAUCUAAGAGAUAGUUUAGGUAUAUGUUAUCAGUAAAUUAGGAAGUUAUUUAAAGAAUAAAAGUUAUAAAUAACUGAGAAUUAGAAUUUCAGAAAUACAUAUUUAAGGAAUAUUUAACUUGUUCAGUUAAUAAAUCAAGCUGAUAAACAGCAAGAGAUCAUUAAAGGUUAGACCAAAUUUAAUGAUAGAGAAAGAAUUCUACUGAAAAUAGAACAAAAUGAAUUUUUUUAUAUAAAUUCAUAGAGAAGAUGUUUUUAAAUAGAAAAGAAUAAUUAAUAAGGAUUCAGAAUUUAAAAAUAGGCCCAAUAACUAAGUCUAAACUUUUACACAAUAAAUAUAAGCCAAUUUUUCAAAAAUACCAUAAUUAUCCCAAUUCAAGUAUUAAAAUCAAAACGAUAAGAAAAAUUAGUUAAGUUUUAGAAAAAUAAUGGAGAUCCAGUGAGGUAGUAAAAAAUGUAAGAUUUUGA